CCCAUGGGGACUAGGAGACUUUAAAGGAGUUUGGGGGUCUCAGGAGCAGGGAAAUCACGGAUCCCAGUUCCUGGCCUUCUUCGCCCGGGGCCGUGUCAUUGAUGGGCAAUCAACUGGACCGCAUCACCCACCUCAACUACAGCGAGCUGCCCACGGGGGACCCGUCUGGGAUCGAGAAGGACGAGCUGCGGGUCGGGGUCGCUUACUUCUUCUCCGAUGAGGAGGAGGACCUGGACGAACGCGGGCAGCCGGACAAGUUCGGCGUGAAAGGCCCCCCGGGCUGCGCCCCUUGCCCAGAGAGCCCUAACCGCCGCCACCACCACCAUCACCACCAUCACCACCAUCACCACCACCACCACCACCACCAGUUGCUGCACCAGCUGCUUCUCAACGAGACUCAGGUGUCCGCCUUUCGGGGCCAGGAAUGCAUCUUCUCCAAAGUGCCCAGCGACGGGCCCCCUCAGGGCGCCGACGGGAGCGUGUACCCCGCGUCCGCGCUGCCGGCGCUCUGCGAGCCCGGCGACCUGCUGGAGCUGCUGUGGCUGCGGCCGGCCCCGGAGCAGCCCGCACCCGCCCCGCACUGGGCCGUGUACGUGGGCGGCGGGCAGAUCAUCCACCUGCACCGGGGCGAGAUCCGCCAGGACAGCCUGCACGAGGCGGGCGCGGCCACGGUGGGCCGCGUGGUGAAUAGCUGGUACCGCUACCGCCCGCUGCUGGCCGAGCUGGUGGUGCAGAACGCCUGCGGCCACCUGGGCCUCAAGAGCGAGGAGAUCUGCUGGACGAACUCGGAGAGCUUCGCCGCCUGGUGCCGCUUCGGCAACCGCGAGUUCAAAGCCGGGGGGGAGGUGCCCGCCGGCUCGCCGCCCUACUAUCUGCAGGUGCAGCUCGGGGAGGACAAGGUGCACACGGCCCGCUUCCACAGCCUGGAAGACCUCAUCCGCGAGAAGCGCCGCCUCGACGCCAGCGGCCGCCUGCGCGUGCUCCAGGAGCUCGCCGACCUCGAGCUCGUGGACAAGGAGUAG